CAUUUUCUCUUUUCUAUAGUUUAUGCCCAUGGGGUAUUCUAAGGAACAGAUUGUUCAAGCUUUUACUGAAGUUUCAGAAAGUUCCCUUGGCAAGGAAAUGUCUUCACUAUGGCCAUCCUUUCUGUGUCGUCUUCGCGAAGAAGAAGUUUAUGGUUUGCAUUUGAAGUCUCAGACUUUAAGGAAAGAUCUUUGUGCAGAACCAAUCACUUACACGGUUGCAGAUGGUCAGAGAGAUUGUGUAAUGAGUGAGAAUAGGCUGACCACCUCUUCUUGCGAUGGUGGACAUGCGGCGAAGAUUAAUUCUGACGAGCCAGUAUCAAAGUCUUUUACGUUCAGAGCUUGUUCAUCCUCUGUAUGUGAUGUGUCAAUUCAGUUUAAAUACGAUGAUAACACUAUUCCAGGGGCAUAUCUUGCAUAUUUGACUGAUACAUAUGUCAUGUACCAAUUAAAGCUAUUCAUUUUUGGGUCAUUCUUUGAAGACGAGACCAGGUCAUUGCUGCAAAAGCAAUCACCUAGGAAGGCUGAAAAGCCUGUGGAAAAGAAUGUAUUGCAGUUUGGGUCUAUAAAUUUUGCUUCUAAAAUAUCUUCGGGUGAAUGUAAUGGUGAAUCAAGCAGGCCACAAAAUUCUGUGAAGGGGCUCGGCAAAGUUCGGCCUUUAAGAUCACUUAAUAAGCAGAAUGAAGUGGAGGCUGUAAAAGCAGCAAAUGAUAGUUUACCAGCAUCUUUAACUACUCCUACAGAGAAUGGAUGUACUGAUAAUUAUAAAAAUGGUUCUGCCCAUAGUAAUGGUGUGAAAGAGGCGACAACAGAUAAUAUUGAUGUAGCUUCAUUACCUUUAUCCAAUAACGAAGGUGGUCUCCCCAAUCAAUUUUCAAGUCUGGAAUUGCAGAACAGAGAGCAGAAUGGUCGUGUUGAUGAUUUAUCAGCUUCUAAGGUAAAGGGGGAACUACAGAAGUGUUUGAAUGGGCCUGUUACAGUUUCUACAGUCUUGUUGCCUCGUGGUUUAAUCAAUUCAGGGAAUCUGUGCUUUCUCAAUGCAACGCUACAGGCUCUUCUAUCCUGUUCUCCUUUUGUUCAGCUUCUGCAGGAAUUGAGAACUCGCAAAGUGCCUAAGGCUGGAUUAGCUCUUGGAGAGUUGCGAAAGGAAAAUAAUUUCCUAAGAAGCCUUUGCAUCUCAGGCAGGCCAACACAAGAAGAUGCUCAGGAGUUCCUUAGCUUCAUUAUGGAUCAGAUGCAUGAUGAAUUACUUAAGCUUGAAGGACAGCCCUCGAGUAUUAAUGGGCGCAAAUCAUCUCUAGUAUCUUCUGCAGAAGAAGAUGAAUGGGAGACGGUUGGCCCUGAGAAUACAUCUGCAGUAACCAGGACACACAGUUUUGUUCCUUCAGAAAUAAGAGAUAUUUUUGGAGGACAAUUGAGAAGUGUGGUGAAGGAAAUAGGAAAUAAAGAUUCUGCUCUUGUUGAACUAUUUUUAUUGCUCCCGCUUGGUAUUGACCCUGAAGCUGUUCAUACUAUCGAGGAUGCACUCAAGUUGUUUUCUGCACCAGAAACUCCUGAGGGGUAUCGAACAUCAGCAGCUGGGAAGGAUGGUGUUGUAAGUGCUACUAAAUCAAUAAAGAUACAGACACUUCCAAAGAUAAUGAUCUUGCACUUGAAGCGUUUUGUUUAUGGAAGCCAAGGAAGAACUAAGUUGCAUAAGCCCGUGCGUUUUCUACUUGAGUUGGUGUUGGGUCAUGAAUUGCUUGUUUCUCCAACUACUGAGGGUCGAAAAUACAAACUUGUUGCUACAAUAACUCAUCACGGGGGAGAGCCCUCAAAGGGGCAUUAUACAACUGAUGCUCUUUAUACCAAUGGUCAGUGGCUGCGCUUUGAUGAUAGAUCUGUCACUGCAAUUGGAACCGGCAAAGUAUUGCAUGGCCAGGCAUAUGUCCUCAUCUACAAACAAUUGUAAAAGGGCAGUUUGGACAAGUAAUGUGUUGCAUUACCAGGCUUGUGUCUACAAGCAAUUGUGGAAUAUAACCGAGCAGUACUGACUUCGCAUUGAGAGAGAGACCUAUCCCGUUCAUGUAAUGUGUUGUCCUCACUCGGAAUCGUAUCUCGUUCCGUGGGUUGAUGCUUUAAACUUGCCUACGAUUCCCAUACAAGGGUGGUGGCUAGAUAAAAUGGCUGUAUAAUUCUUUUAACUUAUGUCUAGUGCAGCGGUUUUCAGUUGUUUUAUGAUGUAAUAUAUAUGGAAGAUGCUGCUGAUAUGCUAUAUUUAGUGAAUGCUUUCAUAUUGUACUUA